AUGGAGGAGACCAACACAACAGACCUCUCUCUGAACAACAUGACUGAGGGAGACUAUGCAGGCUCUGCAACAGCUGAGGAACAGUGCCCACCAUACAACAGAUUGCAGCCAAUUGAAUGGAUCUUUAUUGCUGUUUCCCUGUGUGGUCUUGUGGGAAAUAUGGUGGUCAUAUGGUUCCUGGGCUUCCAAAUGAAGAGGAACCCCUUCACUGUCUAUGUCCUGAAUUUGGCCAUUGCUGACUUCGUUCAGGUCUUCUGCCUUAUUGUCAUACUGAUAUCACGUGCUGUUCCAGUCAUCACUUGUACCUUCUCUUUUGAUUUUUUACUUACAGAUGUUAUCGUAAGGCAGGUGUUUGUAUUUUGGUAUUUUGCCAGCAUGUAUCUCCUGUCAGCAAUGAGCCUAGAGAGGUGCCUGUGUGCCCUGUUCCCAAUCUGGUACCGGUGCCAUCGCCCAAAGCGCUUGUCCGGCAUUGUGUGUGGAGUGAUCUGGGCUCUUGUUGUACUCUUUUGCUGUUUGUUUUACAUUUGUCGUCAUUUCCCUUGGGGACGAACCUGUGUAAAAAUAUCACAAGCUGUAAGCAUUUUUAAAUUUAUAAUUUUCUCCUUAUUUCCUCUCCUUUCCAACUUUGCUUUGUUCAUCAAACUCCGAUGUGGCUCCCAGAGACGACACCCAGGGAGACUCUACGUGGCUGUCCUGCUCAGUGUGGUCUUCCUGUUCAUCUUUGGGUUUCCUCUCACUGUUGAGCUCUUUCUUGAUUCUAUUUUCCCAUCUUAUACCUUACAUCUGUUUUACCUGCUGGCCUCACUGAACAGCACCAUCAACCCCUUAAUUUAUUUCCUGGUGGGGAGCUGCCGGCAGUGCCGCUUCCAGGGCUCUCUCAUGGUCGCCCUUCGCCGAGUGUUUGAAGACAAAACCACGAGUGAGGAGAGGAGAAACGUGUCAGGGGAGCCCAUGGGGCAGACCAGUCUGUGA